GAAGCCAAAACUUUGUUUUAAUAUAAUUGAAGUAGAUGGUAAAUUGAAGAAAAAUGGAUAUGCAUAGUUUGAAUUUUAAUUUAUGUAUACUUUGACUGGAUACACAGACAAACAUUAAGCUCCACCUCAAAUGUGAUGUAAAGAGACAUUUGUGAAGUAUUAAAAUGAUUUAUGUAGAGGUAUUUAAAAUUAUUUCACUUACUAGGCUGCUUAUGCUUACUUAACUUGCUAUUAGGUUUAUACUAUAUCAAGAAUUUCAAAAACUUGAAAUUCUGAUUUUAGUCAGACUUUAUAUAGACAUGAUUCCAAAUGAGAUGUUAAUACUGUAGAUGAUUUCCAUUCAUCUCCUGUGGUGAGAAGUUAAGCAGGGAAUAGUCAUCUAUUUAUCUUGUACUGUCUUUGUUAAUGUCUCAAGAAACCCGGCCCAUUAUUGGGAACUUUGCUCCCAUGUAUAAGCAAAAUCACCAUAGGAUGAAAGAUUCAGGUUUAAUAAUAACUAAAACUCAUGGUAAGGAGUGGUGAACAUUUGGCUAACUGUUAAGAUCUUGCUGAAUUCAACUGGUCCAGGAAGAGAACCCAUCAAAAGGAACCAAAUAAUUUAGACGACAAUUCAAAAUCUUCACACUGAGAAACAACAAUGUCCUUCCUGAGAGAGAUCAGCCCAUUGGUGAGGAACACGUUUGUCUCAGAGAAGGAUGUUUUAUUGAGACUCGCAGCACAGAUUGCAGCUGAAAUACAACAGGGUGAGAGAAAGGACUAUAUUGAGGUUCUUGAUUUGUCUUCUGGAGAUCUCCACAGAGGGGGAAUAAAACCCAUCACCUUUGUUCGUCAAGUCCUUGCUGCUUGCUUCUAUCCAGCACUUUUGGAGGAUGACAGUCUGCCAUUAGAUGUUAAAGAAAGGGCAGAUGAUCUCCUUAGGCAAUGUGAUGGUGGAAGCGUAGGCUCCUAUACAGAUUCGUGUGGAAUCACCAAAAUCAAACACGGCUUGUCUAAGUUCAUUACCAGGAGAGAUGGAGGAGUUCCUUCCUCACCUGAUGACAUAUUCAUCACAUCUGGGUCACAGAUGGCUCUCAUGUUUAUGCUGAAGCUGCUGGUUCAGAGCAAGGUCCCUUGUCAGACUGGUGUGCUCAUACCUGUGCCCACCUAUGCUUCCUUUACCCUGGCUCUGGAGGACCAUGGUGCUGUCAUCAUACCUUACUAUUUGUGUGAGGAGCAGGGCUGGACACUGCAGGUGGAGGAGCUUCGCAGAGCCCUCCAUGCAGGUAGAAGGACCUGCAAUCCAGUAGCGCUUUAUAUCUGCAACCCAGGGAAUCCUACAGGUCACAUACAGAGUAGGAAGUCUAUAGAAGAAGUGAUUCGGUUCGCUGCAGAAGAAAGGCUCUUCCUACUAGCUGAUGAGGUGUAUCACAGCUGUGUGUAUAGAGAAGAUACUAAGUUUGAAUCCUAUAAGAAAGUGUUAUCAGAAAUGGGCUCUACUAUUUCCAGCACUGUGGAACUGGCCUCCUUCAAUUCUGCCUCCAAGGGCUUCAUGGGAGAGUGUGGGCUUCGUGGUGGCUACGUGGAGCUGGUGAAUCUUGACCCAGCGGUGAAGGAAUAUACUCGUAUACUUUUUUCCACUAGGUCCAGCCCACCUGUUGGUGGACAAAUUGCACUUGACCUCAUGGCGGAUCCUCCAAAACCUGGAGAUCCUUCAUUCCCCACCUUUUCUGAGGAGGUCCAGUCCAUUAAAAAUAUGAUGCGUAAAAAUGCUUGUCGGAUUCAGGAGGUCUUUGCUGAGCUACCGGGGAUCAGCUGCCAGCCAUUGAAGGCAGGAUUUUUUGUCUUCCCCUGUCUACACUUCCCUCCAAGGGCAAUAAAAUGGGCCAAGAAAAGGCAGAUGGAACCAGACAUGCUGUAUUGUUUGCAAUUGCUAGAGGAAACGGGUCUGCAUGUGAGGCCGGGCUGUGAAUAUGGACAAAGAAAGGACAGCCAUCACAUUAGGCUUUUGGUGGCAACUCAUGAGGACAUCAUGGAGGAUGCUCUACAAAGACUGAAGACAUUCCACAUGCGGUUCAUGAAGGAGUUUUCUUAGUGCCAUCUUAUUUGCUUUUGUCAGAUUAUGAGAUUUGUUUGAAAGUAAAUUGAAAAUGAAAUUCAAAACAUUGCUUAUUUUCUUACAGAGCUGAGAUAGAUGGUCAACACCCUUUGAUUUGAUUUAAAUUUCUCUGUUGUAAGGAUCAUCCACUGACCCAACAAUGAUACCCAGUUGCAUUGCUGCACGUUCUUUUUGUGGUGCGCAAAGUAAUUUAGUUCCAAUUAAACACUUUGUCGGCCUCAAAUUUAGGUUGAGAGGUUACAUGUAUAUUGGCCAUUGUCUAAUAAAUUAUUCAGACAUUUGAUUGUAAUUGUAUACUUUAGAUUGGAAUCCAAAUAAACACGUACAAUGUCACUCAGAGUCUUGCACCAGCCAUGCAUGUGGAUUUCAUGGUCACACACUCGCCAGUCAUGGUCAUUAGACAGAGGUAAUUGACUAAUACUAUUUAGAUGGCCACCCAUGCUUGUUCUUUUCUAAAAGUACUUAAUUUAGUACCCAAGGAUCUGUACACACUUAAAGCAAGAUUAUUUCUAGCCAGGAAUCAUGACCAUUAUAGAAAUACGAUGACCAGUUCUAUUUUCUCUAAUAGUUACUUUAAUAGUGCCUAAAUAAUUAAUAAUUUAAUUUCUCAUGGACAUAAUAUUACAGUAAUCAGAGGUUAACCCUAUUUAGUCAAGUAACACUGUCAUUCUAAACAGAAACUCCUGUUUUAGCUUUCAAUGUCUAAGUACACUGCUCAAAAAAAUUAAAGGAACACUUUGAAAACACAUCAGAUCUCAAUGGGGAAAAAUAUCAUGCUGGAUAUCUAUAUUGAUAUGGACUGGGUAAUGUUAGGAACAAAAGGAUGCCACAUGGUCUGAUGGAAAUUAAAAUGAUCAACCUACAGAGGACUGAAUUCAAAGACACCGAAAAUCAAAGUGAUGAUGCAGCAGGCUAGUCCAUUUUGCUGAAAUUUCAUUGCAGCAACUCAAAAUGGUACUCGGUAGUUUGUGUGGUCCCCACGUGCUUGUAUGCAUGCCUGACAAUGUCGGAGCAUGCUCCUAAUGAGACAACGGAUAGUGUCCUUGUGUAUUUCCUCCCAGACUGGUCCAGGGCAUCACUAUGCUCCUGCACAGUCUGAGGUGCAACCUGGCGGCGUCGGAUGGACCAAAACAAUGUCCCAGAGGUGUUCUAUUGGAUUUAGGUCAGGCGAGCGUGGGGGCCGUUCAAUGGUAUCGAUUCCUUCAUCCUCCAGGAACUGCCUGCAUACUCUCGCCAUGAGUCUGGGCAUUGUCAUGCACCAGGAGGAACCCAGGACCCACUGCACCAGUGUAGGGUCUGACAAUGGGUCCAAGGAUUUCAUCCCGAUACCUAAUGGCAGUCAGGGUGCCAUUAUCUAGCCUGUAGAGGUCUGUGCGUCCCACCAUGGAUAUACCUCCCCAGACGAUCACUGACCCACCACCAAACCGGUCAUGCUGAAUGAUGUUACAGGCAGCAUAACGUUCUCCACAGCUUCUCCAGACCCUUUCACAUCUGUCACAUGCUCAGGGUGAACCUGCUUUCAUCUGUGAAAAGCACAGGGCGCCAGUGGCAGACCUGCCAAAUUCUGGUGUUCAAUGGCAAAUGCCAAUCCAGCUCCAUGGUGCGGGGCAGUGAGCACAGGGCCCACUAGAGGACGUCGGGCCCUUAGGCCACCCUAAUGAAGUCUGUUUCUGAUUGUUUGGUCAGAGAUAUUCACACCACGCCAUCCUG